GGGAUGUCUUUGUUCAGGUUCCAGUACUGACUUUUUAUGGCACUGCUCUCAUCAGGUAGAAUCACUCUCGACUUGGAGCAAGGCAAAGAUGAAAAAUCACACGGCGGUAACAACGUUCAUCCUGUUGGGAUUGACAGAUGAUCCAAAACUACAAAUUCUGCUUUUUGUAUUUUUGUUUCUCACCUACGUGUUGAGUGUGGCUGGAAACCUCAUCAUUAUCACCCUCACACUUUUGGAUUCCCAUCUUAAAACUCCCAUGUAUUUUUUCCUCCGAAAUUUCUCUUUCUUAGAAGUCUCGUUCACCACUGUCUGUAUUCCCAGAUUCCUGUAUACUAUCACAACUGGAGAUAAUACUAUUACCUAUAAUGCUUGUGUUACUCAAUUAUUUUUUGUUGUCCUCUUUGGAGCAACAGAAUUUUUUCUCCUUGCCGCCAUGUCCUACGAUCGCUGUGUGGCCAUUUGUAAGCCCCUGCAUUACACGACCAUCAUGAACACCAGAGACUGCGCUACACUUGUUCUCUCCUGUUGGUUUGCUGGCCUGUUGAUCAUCCUCCCACCUCUUGGCCUGGGCCUCCAGCUGGAAUUCUGUGACUCUAACAUAAUCGAUCAUUUUGUCUGUGAUGCAUCUCCUGUUUUACAGAUAACCUGCUCAGACACAGUGUUAAUAGAGAGAGUUAUUCUGAGUUUUGCUGUGCUGACACUCAUUACUACUUUAGUGUGUGUAGUCCUCUCCUACACAUACAUCAUCAAGACCAUUCUAAGAUUUCCCUCUGCCCAACAGAGGAAAAAGGCCUUUUCCACCUGUUCUUCCCACGUGAUUGUGGUUUCUGUCACCUAUGGCACCUGCAUCUUUGUCUACAUCAAACCCUCAGCAAGGGAAGGAGUGGCCAUCAAUAAAGUGGUGUCUGUGCUUGCUACUUCAGUCGCCCCUGUGCUUAAUCCGUUCAUUUAUACACUUCGAAACAGGCAAGCGAAAGAUGCCUUUAAAGAUACAGUAAAAAGAAUUGUAUUUCUCACAAAGAAGUGA